GUCCACUCGGUUCAAAUCCAUCAUUUCCAAGCUCUAAGCUACUACUAUACUCGUAAAGCCAAAUUCUGUUUUUUGGCGUUGGCGUGAUCCGUACUAUCCUACCUGCCCCUUUACACCAACUAACUUACCGACACAAGAUAAUACGGUACGGCACUCCUUUUAUUUUUAUUUUUUAUUCUCGCCUUUCUCUGCCACGGUAAAAUAGACUUCCUUUCUCCUAUCGAAUCCAUUCGAAAAAAAAGAUAAGAUGUCAUCGACAUCCGACUCCACAAACAACAAUAAACGCAAAAGGAUAGGUUCGCGAAGUGACCCCGAUAUUCUAGUGGAAGUCCAUCAACCGACAUCAGGUGAAGAGGCCGAUGCAGAGCUUUCCUACGAUUCGGCUCCUACUGCUGGAGUGAACGCUGCGAGGCGCACGAGCAUUGAUAUUAAUGAUGAAGGAGAAAGAUCAUCAACCACCGAAGGUAGUAGCACCAUUGAGGAACGUGUCCGGGAAGGUGCUGGUAGGAAGAGGUCUCUCGGCACUCCCAUGAGGACCGGCUCAAAUUCGAGUAUUAAUAGUGUCGCCGGGGGUGGUGUCGCUCCUCCGCCCAUGGUUCCCCCACAACAGGCCGGAUCGUUGGCUCCUGCUGGAUACUCAAUGAACCCGCCACCGACCGAUCGGCCGGUCAGGAUUUAUGCCGACGGUGUCUUUGAUUUGUUCCAUCUCGGGCACAUGCGGCAGCUAGAGCAAGCGAAGAAAGCUUUCCCAAAUACCUACCUUCUCGUCGGCAUCCCAAAUGAUACCGAGACCCAUAAGCGAAAAGGUCUUACAGUUCUCACGGACCAAGAACGGGCGGAGACGUUGCGACACUGCAAAUGGGUGGAUGAGGUCAUCGAAAAUGCACCCUGGAGUGUUAACCCAGAAUUCCUUGCCGAACACUCGAUCGACUAUAUUGCCCAUGAUGACGAGCCCUAUGCGAGUGCUGAUUCCGACGAUAUCUACCGUCCUUGUAAGGAGGCUGGAAAGUUUCUCGUUACCCAGAGAACCGACGGGAUCUCCACGACGUACAUCAUUACUAAGAUCGUGCGGGAUUACGAAAAAUAUAUUAUGCGACAGCUUCGUCGUGGUACCAGCCGCCAGGAACUCAAUGUCUCUUGGCUGAAGAAGAACGAACUAGAUUUAAAACGACAUGUCACAGAACUUCGGGAGACCAUCAAGAAUAACUGGUCAACCACCGGCCGGGAACUGAGGGACGAAUUCCGUAACUACUGGGCCCCCUCGCCCAGACCGUCUUCACCCUACCAAUUCGGGGCCUCUAAUGGUGGUUCGAAGGACACCCUUUCACCACAGCAUGAGAGGAAUAAUCCAACGUUGAUGCAUCUUGAGCCUCCUUCCCGGCCCCAGUCACCUCAUACCGAGUUUGCCAAUGGGUAUUCAUUGGGCCUUAUCGGAGGUGUUAGAUCUUGGAUGCGAUCAAGAGCAACUCCCCGUGGAUCAAUGGCAGCUUCAGAAGCCUCCUCUGACGACGAAGACGUAGAAAGCCCGGAUGAGGGGAAAUCGAAGAAUGGCGAGGAAGAUCUCAUUCAGAGCGAAUUGAACAGGGUGGUUGGCAAUAAUGUAACCAUCACUGCCGAUAAGGCCUCUCCAAGACCCUAGGCUUAUCGGGUAAUCGGCCGUUCGCUCGAGUUUUCAGCCCUCCUUUCGGCAGCUUCCCGUUUCUGCGUGAUCCCCGACCCGGGAAUUCGUCUCUAAAAAA